AUGCCUAACGCGAAGCGGCAGAAGGGCGGCGGCGGCGCAGCCAAGACGAAAAAGACCCAAGAGCCGGUCCAAGACCUUAAGGAUGGCCGCCCGACGCCUGCCGAGGUCGAGGAGGAGGAGCAUCAAUUCGUGCAGCUAGCGCGCAAACAUUGGCUCAAGUCCGGCAGGACGGCAGCGAAGCCCAAGGUCAAGAAUGAUGUCCUCAAGCAGGGCCUCUGGGAUGUCUUGGAGCGCGAGGGCUUCCAGCACAAGUCACUGGUCCUUCUUGAGAGCUUGCAGACGCUGGAAAGCUACUUGUGGCCUGGCUAUACAGAGGAGUCAUCCAACUACCACGUCCUGUUAAUGGCCCUCAUCGUCAACGUGAAGAGGCGCGAGCACCUGGAAACGUGGAGCAUUUUCGAAGACAAGCCCGAGAGUUUCUCGUCCAUGUUCCGACGGAUCCUAUCACUGAUGCUCGACCGCACCUUAUCCGCGACCGUCCGAACACACUUGCUCUGUUUCCUUAUUUUUGCCUUUCAAAAUUUGGACUGCGCCAUUGUCAGGAAGGAGUGCGCCCCCUUGGUCUCGAUCGGGAUCUGGCAGAAUCUCUCCAGUGAGAAUCAGAGAGAAGCGCAUCUGGAUCAGGCCACACACCUGAGGAAAGCCUGGCGAGCGUCUCUGAAGCGCUACGACGCGGCUGAUGAGCCGACAAAAGCUCGGUUGCGCUUUGAGAGAUCGUGGCUGUACUCACUCCUGCUCGACUUCUUGAGCCUCCUGUUUGACGGCAACGGCAAGUCCGACGCUGCACUUUACUGCGAAAGAUUCGUUGAAUUCAUCUCGGACUUGCAGAGUCAACUGCCGACAAGACGCUAUGUCAACGCUCUUCUCCAAGACUUGCACCUUCUACCCGUCAUGAAGUUGUCUCCCAUGUACAAUGACGAGAACAACGCCCUUCUGAGAGACCUCCACGAUCUCUUAUCACACUACACGUACUUCACCAUUGACGAUCAAACAGGCAUCCAGCUUGGCCGUUCAGAGGCGUAUGACAGGCACUGCGCAUCUUUGGGCAAGCUGCAGCGUGUGGCUCUCAAGCAUUUCAAGGAAAAGUUGACCGUCCUCGCACUCUCCAACUAUGGUGCCAUAGACCAAAGGGACGAGCUGGAGGCGUUACUGGCUCCCUUGACCGACGACGAGCUGGCCGAGCUCGUGAAAUUGUUGGGAGCUCGCAUAAGCUAUCCCGAUAGCCUCAAGUUGCCUAUCGACCGCAAGUUUCUGCUUGAAAUCUUGAUGGGCAAAUACGAACGCAGGAAGACGUUCCAGGAGGCAGCAAAGGACAUGGCGCUGGUGCCGACAGAACAGACGCUGUUUGACGCCGGCUUUCAGCGUGCCGAUGCCUACGAUGGAUCACACCCGCUGGCUCUGCCGAAGCUGAACCUGCAAUACUUGUCUGCUGGAGAUUUCCUCUGGCGCGCACUGGUAUUGUACCGACUGGAGUCGUUUUACGGAAUCCGCAAAGACAUCGAGUCUGCUCUGCGCCGCCUCCGCCCGGAACCACGACAGCCUGGGGAGACACACUUUGCCGGAUUCUCGAAGAUGGCCAUGCCGAUAUCGAAGCCCACAAUACUUGAAGUUGUUCCACCUCUGGUGGGCGACGAGCAUCCGUCAUUGGUGAAAGCUGAAGUACUGGUGGACGUCCGGCGACUGGGGGACAAUGUGCGACGCGAAUGGGACUCAUUACGACCCGACGAUGUCGUCUUUUUGCUCGCAAUUGAGCCACCGCCAGCAAAGUCCAUCACGAACGGGGGAGACAUCCAAUCCGAGUCCGAGAAGCUUGGCAUCGUGUCUGUCCGAGCUGCCGAGAUUGUGCAGAUCACGGAUGACAGAGGGCGUCAUGCUAGGGAAGGCGCGGGAAACCUGGAUGGCAAGCGACGAAUACAGCUCAAGCUUGACCCGCGAACCUACAACAAGGAUGCCGAGCGGGCGGCAGCUGGAAAGCCAGAUGUGUACGGGCGUACCAACGUCCUCCUCAGGCGAAACCGCAGAGAGAACAACUUCAAGCCUGUCUUGGAGUCGAUCCGCAACCUGGUUUUGUCGGGGGCGCCAGUGCCAUCGUGGCUGCACGAAGUCUUCUUGGGCUACGGCGACCCAGCAGGCGCCAACCACAAGAAUCUCCCCAAUCGCAUUAAGAAGCUUGACCACCGAGACACGUUUCUUGACUGGCAGCACCUCGUGGAAAGUCUUCCCGGAAAAAUUAUAGAGCCUAGCGACGACGUAUCCAGCAGCUUCGGACCGCCAUAUGUCCUGGAGGAAGUGUCGCAGCCGAAAGAGGCGCAAGCAGGGAAAGUAUCCAAGAAGCGACGCCGAGAUGCUGAACCGACCCUCAAGGCUGAGGUUGAGACACUCAAAGUGUCCACGUACAAGCCAGCCAACAAUGGUCCCUAUCUUGUCGAUGCACCGAAGCUGAACACGGUUCGCUUUACGCCGGCUCAGGUCGAAGCGAUCAUGUCUGGGACGCAGCCCGGACUGACGGUCAUUGUUGGUCCUCCGGGGACAGGCAAGACGGACGUGGCCACACAAAUUAUCAACAACAUCUAUCACAAUUUCCCAGAGCAAAAGACGUUGCUCAUUGCACACAGCAAUCAGGCGUUGAACCAGCUGUUUGCCAAGAUUGUCGCCCUUGAUAUCGACGAGAGACACUUGCUUCGUCUGGGUCAUGGCGAGGAAGACCUCGACACAGAUGGCAGCUUCAGCAAGCAUGGACGUGUUGAGUCCUUCUUGGACAACAGGCAACGGUUUUUGGCGGAAGUGAAAAAGCUGGCUAUCAGCCUCGGUGCCCCCGGCGCCCACGAUAACUCGGCCGAGACCGCAGGUUACUUCAACAAGGUGUACGUGCAGCCAGCGUGGACGGGAUUCUUGCAAACGGCAGAAUCUGAAGACUCAACUGUGUCGGAUAUCCUGCAAAGCUUUCCGUUCCACGGGUAUUUUGCGGAUGCCCCGCAGCCCUUGUUCCCACCAGAGGCAGACAAGGCCCAGAUCUUGGAGAUUGCGAAUGGCUGUUAUCGGCACAUUGCCAAGAUCUUUUCUGAGCUGGAGGAUAUUAUUCCCUUUGAGAUUCUUCGUCGCGAGCGAGACAAGGCCAAUUACUUGCUCACCAAUGAGGCUCGCAUCAUCGCCAUGACGACGACACACGCUGCCAUUCGACGAGGCGAGAUCGCGUCUCUAGGCUUUCACUAUGACAACGUCGUGAUGGAGGAGGCGGCGCAGAUCACCGAAAUCGAGACAUUCAUGCCUCUGGCAAUGCAGAAGCCUGUCAACGGACAGAUGCCUCUUCAAAGAGUUGUUCUCUGCGGCGACCACUUCCAGAACUCGCCCGUCAUUCAGAGCCUGGCCUUCCGGCAUUACGCCAACUUGGAGCAGUCGCUGUUCUCAAGGCUUGUUCGUCUGGGUGUCCCCACGGUCACGUUGGACCAGCAAGGCAGAGCGCGACCAUCCAUUGCAAAGUUGUACCAGUGGCGAUAUCCCAAGCUGGAUAACCUGCCAGAGGUGCAGAGCCAGCCUGUAUUCCAACGGGCCAAUGCUGGCUUCAAGUUUGACUACCAGUUCAUCGAUGUGCCUCCGUACAAGGGCAAGGGAGAGUCGGAACCCACCCCACACUUCAUUCAGAACCUGGGCGAGGCCGAGUACGCCGUGGCGAUAUAUCAGUAUAUGAGGCUACUCGGCUAUCCUGCGGAGAAGAUUACGAUCCUGACGACGUAUGCUGGGCAGAGAGCUCUGGUCAGAGAUGUGUUGUCUCAUCGAUGCGCGCGAAACCCCAUCUUUGGCUUGCCUAAGGCGGUCGCGACGGUGGACAAGUACCAGGGCGAGCAGAAUGAUUAUAUUAUUCUGUCGCUCACACGAACGUCGCGCGUGGGCUACCUCCGGGACGUACGCCGCAUGACAGUGGCAGUUUCGCGCGCUAGGCUGGGGCUUUACGUGUUGGGCCGACGUGAAGUUUUCGAAGCCUGCCCAGAGCUGCGACCGGCGUUUGACCUCUUGCUCGAGCGGCCAGACAAGCUCAUGCUCGUGACGGGCGAGCUGUGGCCGACUGAGCGGCCUAGCGCGGAAGACGGGGCCCCCUUGGAAGGAGAGGUCGCCAUGGAGAGCGUGGAGCAUCUCGGCCAGUAUGUCUUUGAGAUGACCAACACGAAGUUAAAGCAGCUGGAAGAGGAACAGGGUGCGGCAUUCACGGCGGAGUCUGCAGGUGCAAGAGAGGACGAUCAGGGCACGUAUUACGACCAUGACGAGGAGGGCGAGCAGGUGCUGGAGCCAGACAUUCUAGAGGUGCGGGAGGGAGACAAGGCAUAG